ACUAACUAUAAUCUCGUCAUCAUGCCCUUUCAGCCUCUGUCUCCAUCAGAGCGCAUGAUCUCUCAUGAUGCUACCUUCGCCUGGUAUCAGAGGCCACCUAUGGAGUAGCUUGUGUCACGGUGGCUUCGAGCAGACUAUAAAGGAGAGCCGAGACACCAUUAUCUUUUCCUAGUCCAUCACAGGUCAUCUCGCUCUAUAUCCAACACCAAUAGCCUCAUAAAACCAGCUAGCUCAUAAAUAUAUUCUUGCCUACUUACAUACUACCACGAUGUCUCCUCCUCCAGCCGAAACCAACUACAGUAUCGUCUGGUCCGACACCUUCGAUGGAUCUGCGGGCUCUCUUCCCAACCAGGGCAAAUGGAAGAUCAUCUCAGCCGGUCCUAACUCGAACAACCAGGAGGUGCAGCACUACACCACAAGCACCUCCAACUCUUCGCUGAGCGGCUCGGGCAUUCUGCAAAUCACCCCUCGCCACGACAACGGGCAAUGGACUUCUGCCCGCCUCGAGUGCCAGGAGGCCUUCAACUGCCCCGCCGGCCACCGCUUGCUGAUGCAGGCCGAGCUGCGCACGGGAACGCACCCGGCGAACCAGCAGUCGGGUAUCUGGCCGGCGUUCUGGGCCCUCGGGAACGAUAUCCGGAAUGGGAAGGACGUUAGUUGGCCGCAGUGUGGCGAGUGGGAUAUCUUCGAAAACGCCCACGGCAACGACUGGUCCCUCGCCACUCUCCACUACGGACGGGGUGGUCAGGACCACCUGAGCAAGGGCAGCGGCCAGGAGCACUUCCAAGUCGAGUCCUUCCACACGUGGGCAAUCAAGGUCAACCGCUCGCCCAGCAACUGGCAGGACGAAACCCUGGAGUGGUAUCUCGACGGAAACAAGUUCUUCCAGAUCAAGGGCAGCGAUGUAGGGGAUGGCGAGCUGUGGGGACGCGUAGCUCACAAGAGCUUCUUCCCUAUUCUCAACGUAGCUGUCGGUAGCAACUUCCCUGGGGGUGGUCAGCCCGACGGUAACACAACUACCGGUCUUGGCAGCGGCCUUCAGGUCAAGUAUGUCGCCGUCUAUAAGAGCAACUAAGGCCAGUUUACGACUGUAUGAGAUGUCUUCAUUAGAUAGUACUGUAGUUCUUGGAAGUCCUGGUUGGAAAGGAGGAUUGAAUGUGCGCAGUUUUGGAAACUACCUUACACAGAUCAUAUUCAUACAGCCACUUUGAUCAUCCUAAGAUAUGUACAUUUCCAUAUUUAAUACAUGACUCAACUUAUUAGAUC